GCAGCUCCGGGAGCCGGAGGUACGGGGUCGGGUGGCCGGCGGCCGCCGCGCUCGCCUGACCUGCGUGCCCCACUGGCCGCGCCGGGUUGCCCCGAAGGAUGUCCGCCCAGUCCAAGGGAACCGCAUCCUCCUCGUCGUCGCCGUCCGAGGGGCCGCCGGCAGCCUCCAAAGCCAAGGUGAAGGAGCAGAUCAAGAUCAUAGUGGAGGAUUUGGAAUUAGUCCUGGGGGACCUGAAAGACGUGGCCAAGGAACUUAAGGAGGUGGUUGACCAGAUUGACACACUGACAUCUGACCUGCAGCUGGAGGAUGAGAUGACAGACAGUUCCAAAACGGACACCCUCAACAGCAGUUCCAGCAGCACAACAGCUUCCAGCUUGGAGAAGAUCAAGGUGCGGGGCAGUGCACCACUCAUCAAGCCACCUGCACACCCCUCUGCUAUCCUCACUGUGCUGCGGAAGCCAAAUCCGCCCCCGCCACCACCGCGACUGACACCUGUCAAGUGUGAUGAACCUCCGAGGCUGCCUCCUUCAGCCAACACUGUCAAGACUAACGGUACCCUGCUGCGAAAUGAGGGCUUGCCAACUGGGCCCAACCGCAUCCCAAACGGCGAUUUAUGUUGUAUACCGAACAGUAGUGUGGAGAAAUCCGCCGCAAUGCAGCCUCUGAUGCACAGACCUGAGAAGGAGCGGUGUCCUCAGGCGGGAGCGAGGGAGCGGGUACGAUUUAGCGAGAAAGUGCAGUACCACGGCUAUUGUCCCGACUGUGACGUUCGGUAUAACAUUAAAAACAGGGAGGUGCACUUGCAUGGUGAACCUGUCCGUGUUAUGGGAAAACUGCCACAUCAGUGCCCUCCCCCACCACCUCCACCACCUCCACUGCCUCCAUUUCCUCUGGAAAAUGGAGGGCUGGGAAUAAGUCCUAGUAAUAGCUUUCCUCCUCCAAGACCUGUGACUGUGCCUCCACAAACUGCACCAAAACCCCAGAAGACCAUCUUGAGGAAAUCAACCACUACAACAGUGUGAUAUAUGCCACUUGAACCAGCUCUUUGUUUUUUCCUAUAUAUAAACAUAAAUAAAUGAUGAGCACUUUCUACUUGAGCAAUAAAAAGACCCAAUAUAUUACUCCCUAUGUCCAGUGAAGUGGCAUAAAAAUCACAUGCACCUUCAGGCUUGAAGGAGUAUCUGUAUCUGGAGGCACAUCAGUUAAUUGCUUGCAUAUCAGAAUUGUCAGUGUGACUUCUCGCAUACAGGAUCUGAGAAGUAACCAGGAACUUGGCCCUUCAUAAAGAAUGGAAAAGCCCUUCAAGUCAGAGCACAAAUGAUCAUAAGUGUAAUCUGCAUUGAAUCAUCUUUCUCAGAUCUGACAACUACAAGCUGAGUCCUGGCAAAAGCCACAGCCUUAAAUUCCAUUUAGUGGAAAAGAAGAAUAAAAAGUACUAAAUGUCUUGCUCUGUUGCAGAAACUGCUCUCUGCAUGCCUGACACUUGAGUUCUGUGCUUAGCAAACAGAGUAACAAUGCGUUUUUCAUGGGUCCAGCCAGCAUCCAAAAAUGUUUCAAUAUGUAGCCAAAAGGAAAAAUGAAGCACUUAUGUGAUAGCAGAAAAUUAAUGCAUUUACUGUAACGGAGGAAUGUUACUGUCUGUGGGGAAAGAAGACCUCUGUCAUCCCUUGUACAUAAUCAAAGCCAUACAGGAAGCGGGCAUCGGUGAUGUAAAAUUACUUAAAAGGAUGCUGUCUCCUGUCAUUCACCCAACUUUGAAGAAGUUCAGCUCUUAGAGAUUGCAUCUCAAUGCACUUCUAGUAUUUGCACUGUCACUUCCAUUCAGGGUAAUGUUGUGCGCCACCAUUUGCACAGAUGCCCCAGAUUUUUGACCACAACAAGCUAUAUUUUCCUGGGGCUUGAAAUGGAAUAAAAAAGUUAGAACUGAUGAAAAAAACAUUUGCGCUCUCUUUCACUAUGGGGAUCUCUUCGCAGAAAGGACUAUGAUCCUUUCUUAGAUUUAAAUAAAUACAUACAUAUACAUGCGUAUAUAUAUGUAUAUAUACAUACAUGAAAAAGUGUCAACGUGGUAAGGUGUAUUUUAAAAGGGGAUACAAUCUUUUUUGAUAGCUUUUUUUUUUUUUAUCAUAUUAGCAGCUGAUAAUUGUAGUCUAUUGAAUUAUGCAUUCAAAAUGUUCCUAUUGAGCAUUGACAUUAUAGUCCCAGUUAUUGUUAAAGAUGUCAUUUAUAAUAUGUAUUUGACAUAACUCUUUUCUAGCCAUUUGUCUACACUUCAUGGAGCAGUCUAACAGACAAGUGACAUUUUCAGUUUAUUUUUCUAAAUAAAUGUAUUGUUUAUAUUAUUUGCAGUUACUCAUUUUGGCUGUUUUUCAUUAUCUUCGAAAAUUAAGACCGAACCAAAACACAGGAAUUGUUAGCAUUAAGCUGUAAUGAUUUGCUGACUGAAAGCUUUAAUAUAAAUACUGUAAUUUCUAAAAUGAUGAAGUAUAUUUAUAUAGGCAAAAUAUGUAUGGAAAACAAGAGGAGGUAUUUUAACUCUUAAUUUCAGAACAUAGUUUAUUUUAUUAUCCACAGAAAGAAAUCUAUAUAAAGCGAUAGAUUUUUUUAUUAUCAGUGAGUUUUAGCAGGUAAAGAUUUGGAUAUUUAAGAAUGAAAGGAAUGUAGUCUAAUAAUGGUUGUUUUCCAAAUUGCACAGAGACUUUCUGUCACCUGUCUCAUUCAAAAAGUGGUUUAGCUUUCUGGGGUCUGGGGUUUUUUGGGGUGUGUGUGUGCGUGUCUUACACGUGUUUGUUUGUUUUUUUUCUUGGUUGUUACAGCAUAUUUACAAGGCCAUGAAGGUCGUACUAUCUGAUCACAAACAAUUUGAGAAGAUACAGAAUAAGAGGUUGUUCCUCAAAACAAUCUACAGGUCACAUUUAAGAACAAUCAUUAUCAUCCAUCUUCUGCAGUGUUUUGUUAUGAAGUAAUCAUCAAUGUUAGAGUUGUUCUGAAUAAAAAUAUAUUUUCCCUUUUUCCUUAGUCCUUUAGCCUGUGUGUAAUUUGAGGACAAAAGCAAAGCAUGUAAUUCACAGAUCACUUAAGCUAUUCAUCUUAAAUUCAGCCAUAUGUAUCUGAUUUAUAAAGCCAAAUAUGUAUUGCUUUAUUUUUCAUUGCUUUAUGGAACCGAUUAAGUGUUCACUAACAGAAGAAUGAUCUUUCAGCAGCAAAAAAAUUGAAAAUGGAAGUAUUUUUUAUUCUGUGGAUUAACUUUGUAAAGAGCAGGCAUCUUCAAGAUGUGUUGCUCUGCUCUAAUGUGUGAACUAGUCUCUGUGUGUUUGUGUGUGUGCACAAAUGUGCACUGCUCCUUGCUGAUGAAAUGCCAGCUCUGCUGAAGCAAGUGCUGCAAUUCCUGUUACUGCAAAAGAUGCUUGUGGUUUUGUAUUUUUUUGGGGAAAAGACCUGAAAUCUGUCUUUGCUUGUGAUUCUGAAGCCAUAAAUAGCUUUUACAAUUUGUCAGGAAUUCACAAAAUGAAAUAAUUAAGUGAAUGUUAACCUCUGUUUUGCAAAACUUGGGAUCGUGUAUGUCAUGGUUUGGCUUUUCUUGAAGUUAGAGGUCAGUUUCCAUUGGUGUAAUGGAUAAACAGAAUCUUUGUUAAAGAGCAACAACUGUGGGUUUUUUUCCACCACAUUUUAGGCUAUGGUUGAUUCACAGUCUUCUAAUUUUACUUUUGUUUCUGUAUCAUUGGAACAAUGUAUUUGGAGACACAACUUGCAUGUGUUUGAUUUUGCCCCCUUUUUGGAUAUUCUGUAUUUAAAACUUGGAGAGCUUUCUCUUUAAGAUUAAUAUUCAGAGUUCUUUAAAGAAGGCACAGCAUUAUCAAAACAGUAAGAAAAGUUCAGAAUGAUAAUUUGAACACUUCUGUUACUAUCUGAUUGUAAUCAUUGGAGAGCUCUGUUGUUUUUUUUUCUUUUGUUAACAGAAUACAUUCACAUUUAAUAUAAAGUUGUCCCAAAUCUCCAGUGAAAUAAUUAAUUACUGGCAAGUAUAUUUCUGCUAUAUUGAGUUCUAGAUCAGCCUGUAUGUGAAACUUUUACUGUAUAGAAAACCAGAUGAAACAAUGUACAGUUUUCUUCAGAGAUAUGAAAAACUGGGACCUGUUUGCAGAAGUGGUUUUACACAAUGUGUGCAAUACAAAACUAAAUGUACUAAAUGUACAAACAUGUACACCUAAUUCAAGUGACAAAUGUAGCUGGAAGAGGACACCACAAAUCAUGAUACUCAUCAAUUACAUGCUGUAUUUACAGCUCUGUGUUAAAUGGACUUUCAUGUUGGAAAGUAAAAAUAAGUGCAUGUGCACACAGGUGCAUACGUGCACUCACAUGUAUCAUGUCUUACUCUACUACCAGUGACACUGGGGUAAAUCCCAGAUUUUUUUGAUAGUUGGAUUAUCUUAUUAAACAAUUUUGGGUUUAA